GUCCGUUUUUGAUUCAUUGUCACUUUCUCUAUGAAGAGAUAUUGUAGAAGCAUAUGCUGCCGUUGACGCAUCACAGAAACACAGAAUACUGUAGGUUAUAUUCUUAUCACCAAAGUCUUCUAUGAACCUCUGAACUUUGUGCGUGUGGAUUUCACUUAAGUCGUUAUUCCGUUCAGUCCAAAUUUGCUCAGUUCUCUCAUCUUCAGUCGUAUCGUCCCAUUCGAACUGUUUGGUCCAUUAUUCUUAAAGUAGUACUUUUCCACGCAGUAUGACAGGAAAAAACAAUCCCAUAGGAUCAAACACAGAGGCAAUCCUCUUCAGGAUGUUUCUCUUUGAUAACUUAAAAUCACGUCGAUAUCUUUUAGCUGUUUCAAGGCAAAAUAGUUGCAUGUCCUUAAGGUCUGCUCGAUCAUCCUUUGAAAUGAAUUCGUUCACUUUGGCACUGUGAGAGAGCCACUCCCGUAAGUUCAUUGAAGCGUCCUUGAAAAUAGACUUAACUGACUGGUACAAUUGAAUGGUCUCUUUAUCAUCUCUUUCUCCGGUAAUGAUGUUGUCAACAUAAAUGUCCCUCAACAUUCUGGUAAUGUCUGUAUCGUAAGAGUCUAGAUGUGCUUAAACAGUUGCUCCUAGUAGAAUUGGGCUCGAAAUUACUCCAAAAGAUACUCUGCAGAAUCUGAAGGCCUGUACAUUAUCGGCUGUUACUUCUGGAAUUUGUGUAUCUCUCAACCACAGAAAUCGAGUUACACCCCCUUGACUAGGUUGUAACCAAACUUGCAGAAACGCUUUCUCUAUAUCUGAUACAAGUGCAACUUUGUGUAAAUUGAAUCUCAUCAACAGUCCACACAAAUCGUGUAAGAAAACAGGUCCUCUGUAUAGACACUCAUUUAAGCUUUUGCUGUCUUUGCUCAACUUUGCCGAAGCAUCAUAAACCACUCUUAAUUUAGUUGUAGUUUUCUUUGGUGUAAUCACAGCAUGGUGAGGUAUGUAAUGGUUCAGCCAUCUAAAACUUUAUCGUUCACUUUCUCAAUAAUAACUUUAUCAAGUUGUUCUUGAAUCACUGAAUUGCAUUUCUCCAAAAGUUCUGGUUUUCCGGGUAACUUCUUCAAACUUGACUUUAGCCUUACAUAUGCCAACUCUCUGUUAUUUAGAAGCUGUGGAUGUUCAUGUUUCCAGGGCCGAGUGACCUGAUAUCUUCUGUCAUCAAACUUAACUGUUUGUUUAAACGUUUUCAUAGCUAUUUCAUCAUUUGAUUGUGCAAGUUGAUCUUUAAUUCCAAUGGAGUCCACGUUCCAGAAAUCUUCGAGAUUUGGUUUAUUAUCUAAAGUAUUGUCGACACUUUGAAACAUAUUUGCCUUUGUAACAUUGAAAUAAUUUGGCGUACUUUUAAAACCAGCAUCAGUUCUUGUUCGUCCACCCAAGUUUGUAGCUCAACAGGUAGUAAUUCCAUUUUUUUUGGAUAGCACAAUAUCCAGGUAAUAAUCAUUUCCUAAAAGUAAAUCAAAACUUGAUGACCCGUUUUCUUGUGGAAGUAUGUCCGCUAGUUCCAGACUGUUGAUAAUGUGACUAUAAUCGUUCACAGCUGAAGUACCAAGUGUUUUUCUUUGAAUAUUUCCACUGAUAACAGGCACAAUGUUAGCAUCUAUGUUCUUAAAUUGUCCAUUUUUUUUAGUUUCAAACAUAAUGUUGUCAGCAUUGUUUUCAUUACUCUUGACAGACUACUUCCAAAUAUCACUACUUUCAACUCUUCUGACCUUUGUGGUUUUAGUCCAAGUCUGUCUGCUAAAGACUGUGUAAUGUAUGUCCGCUGGGAACCACAAUCCAGGAGAAGUCUUGUCUUGACAGAAUCUGCAUUGCAAGGAUGUUUCACUUCUGUAGUAGCCGUUUGCAUAAACACGUUUCACCAACAGAAACCAUAGCAUUAUCUUUUUCAACCGCACUAUCCUCUGCACAAAAAUUUAUUUCUUCAGACAGAUUUACACUUAUUUCUGUUCGUUGUUUCACUCUAAAUUUUUUGGGGCACAAACAUUUAUGACGUUUGUUGUAUUCACCACAGUAAACUCACGCUUUGUUUGUUUUACUCUCACUUGCCAUAUGACCCAUCUUUAGACAUCUAUAAUAACAUCCCUUUAUCUUCCUCUUUCGUUCUUCUAAUGUUUUAUAUCGUGUGCACUCAUCGCUCCAGUGUCUUUUGUUCACAGUACUUGCACACAUUAUUUACUGAUGUAUGAGGAGUUGAAUUUGCAUUUGCAAACAAAGACUGCUGAGCUACGAGUUUUAGGCGCCUCAAUACGUCUUUCAGGCCUUGAACUGUAACUAUCAAAUUAUUUAGUUUUGUUUAAAUUGUUUGAGAGACUAGUUCUGUUCACUAUAUCACCCUUGCGUUUCUCUGCCUUUUCACAUGCAACAACAUAAUCUCGCAUCAGAAGUCUAAGAAGUUCAAGUGUCUUUGCUCCUUUGUGUAAUUCUAAUUGGCGGAGCACAUCCUCGGGUAAUUUUGUUCGAAUCAUUGACACAAACACAUGCUGAUUAACAUUUUCCCCAAGAACUUCAAGACUCCGUAAGUGUUUCUCUGUCGUAUCUAAGGAUGUAUCAAGCUUUCAACUUUAUUUGAAGGGGAUUGCACACUCAUCUCCUUGUAAUAUAAGUCGACUAUUUCCUGCUCGUUUCCAUAUCUCUUGUGAAGAAACUCCACUACAAUAUCAUAAUUCUUAUUUGACCUAGCUAAUCCCUCCACCGUGCGUUUUGCUUCACCACCUAGUUUGCUCUGAAGAUAACUGAACUUUUUCACGUUUGAUAAUUUUGUAUUUUGAUUCACAGUACAAUCAAAGACAUCCCAGAGUUCACACCAUUCCACUUUAUUUCCGUAAAACAUCUUCUCUUCAGUUCCAACUUUGGAAGAUUUACUGAACGGGACUUUGAUUUUUUAUUUAAUGCAAUCUUUGCAACCAAUUCUUUUUGCUGUUCCAUCUGAGAAGACAUCAUUUUCUGCAUAUGUUCUUGCACAUGAAUUAAUCUCUCAGUGCCUGAAGGUUCAAUCGGGGUUUUCUGCUCAUCUGAAUGUUCAGUUUUAACAGAAAAAUUUUCACUAAACUGCUUAAGUUCAAUCAGGCAAUUCUCAACAGCAAAAUUCAAUUGGCAAUCUUCAUCUAACACAGUUUCUACAAAUUCAGGUUCUUUUUCACCCAGGCAUUCUGUCAACUUCUGUAUUGCUCUUAAAGUUGCGGGUAAAUUAAAAGUACUCACGUCACUUUCCAAUAUAUCAUUUGCAUGUUGGAACUCCUUUUCCAGCGUAUUGUGAUACCGCGUUCUUACACCCUUGACGGAAGACACAUUCGCCAUUUUGUCACCCUUUUAACACGUAUCACAGUACGUGAAAAGUACACACAUAAUUUUAAACAACCACUUAUCGAAUUUGCUGUCACUACAACUUGAUAUUCACUUUAUAUGGUUUACUUAACUUUCAAAUUUUCGUUUUCAAUAUCCGGUUCGCGGGACCAUUUCAAUGUGGCGACGAACCCAUUUCUUUAUUUAGUUUUUAACUAUUCAACGACACGAUGAGAAAUAACAACUUUUACACUUCUACACUUCUAAUUUUUCAUAUAAUCCAAAAUUUUAUCACAUCCAAAUUUAUAUUUAAAUCGAAGUAUCGUAUUUUUACAAUUUUGCUCUUUAAUUCCUAUAUUUACUCCUUUAACAUUUCCCUUUGCACAACUUUAACAUGUAUAUAAAAUCAUGUGAUAUAUAUACCCUACAAGUUUUGCCGCCAAAAGUGAAUACAAGUCUAGAAAAAUCAUGACAUUGAUAGACUUCGUGUAACAUGUAAUUAACUUGACAAUCACUCAGUAACCAAGCACGAAAAAUGAGUUACUCUAUUCCUAAAAUUCCCGCCAAUCACGACGGAGCAUAUCUACUACAUGAAAUUUGCCGCCAAAAACUAACGGAGCAACCACAUAAAGAACGGAGUGUAUAUUCAGAACAUUUAUAUCAUGUCAGAGGAAGCGAAGCAAUCAUAAUUCAAAUAAUAAAUCGUGAAUAUUUACGUCACAAGGUAAAAAACCUAGGUAAUUAGUUCAGAUGGUAGGAAAACGUUUUUAAUACGCUGUAGACCACAUUUUGUAAUUGAUCGUCAUAAUAAUUAGUCUUAAUAUCUGGCUUUUUUAAUUCGAUGUCAAAUUUAAAACUGAGUUUCACGAGGCCAAGCCCUAAGUCACUAGUAAAAAUUGUAGAACAACAUUGUUAAUACUUAACAUGUCACAUAUUGUAAUAUAUCUGAUAAUACUUUGCCCAGGUAUAUGUAUCUAUAAACUAAUUCCCUAUCAAUUUUAAAAAUGGUUGACCUGACACCAAAAGCUAGGUCAGUAUGUCAAAUCAAAGUAAAUUAUGGUUUACAUUCUAGAGACGCCAUGUUCUGUACUUGAUGUUUAUAAUAUAAUUUAAUAAUACUUUGUCAGAAUGUUUGCUUUCAUUAAAUCUAAGAGACAUAUUCCUACUUGGUUACACGAGAUCAAAAGCUUUGUCAUUCGUUUAAAUCAUAGAAAAAUCUUGCCAACACUCUAGAGGCCACAAUUUUUCUUGAUCCUCAUUAAACUCAGAAAAUUAUGAAAUGUAGUUCAGGACUGGAUUACAUGAGGACAAAAAAAACAAUCAUUCAAUUUGACAUUGUAAAAUUAUUAAAAAUAAACUCGUUAGCACUUUAAAGGCCGCAUUCACCUUCUAUAGCACAUUCCCAAAUCCGACCCUGUGUCUAUUGUUAGAAUGACUCUAUAACGGUCAGGAUUUUGGUAAAUGAUUCGAACAUGACAGAUGUGUUCUGUUAUAUAAGCCUCGCGGAUUUUAUGAUGAUUGUAUAAUGUUUCACAUAUAUAAUUAUGAUUAAGUAAUGUAAAUACAUUUCAAACAAGUCGUAGCAUUCGGUAAACCGGAUUACAGAAGACAUUUAUUUUAACUUUUGUGAUGAUUAACAUGCAUUGGACUGCUUUCUGACCUAACAGGUCCUGUUAGGUAUAUUAUCUGAUUUAUGUUUAAUUUUAUAUUAACUAUACUUCGGUAUAUGCCAUUAGUUAUAUGAAUUGAUAUUUCAGAAAUCUAUGAGUGAAAUUAAAUCUCAUUUCAUGUAUAAUCAUUGUUAAAAGUAAACAAAAAUUACACCUACAGAAAAAUAAAGCUUUUGUUGUUGAAGUCUACGUAUGAGAACAAGAUAAGGCAAAUAAACAGUUCAUGAACAUCAUUCUUAUUUUUUUAGAAAGUCUAAAUUUAAGUUAACAAAAACAUUGCAGCAUGUGAGUCAACUCUAUAACGCAAAUCAAAAUAUUGUGAGUUUGAUAUCAGUGACAAUUUGAUCAGAGAGAAUAUAUCUAAAGUCAUACCUCCUCAACUCAAUUUUUUUGGGAAGACUGCAUGUGAGGUUACAUCGGUUUAGUUAAUUGACUCUUGAAACCUAACCUGAAAAGUGCUCAAAUUGUAUUAUAGCUCUAUGAAACGUUAAACAACCGGUCUCUGUCGGAAAAGUGUACUAAAUUUAAUUAUGCAUUGAAAAUAAAACGUCAUAUAUAUUUUUUUUGCAUGUUUGUAUUAACAUCUAAUAUAAUAAUAUAAGUAUAUCUCUUAUUAUCAUACAAAUUUCAUCUAAUAACAUGAAAAACUAUAGUUUGAAACGUUUGUCCUGCAGCUUCACUUGUUACAUGAAGAAGCUUGAAAUACGUACCUUGCGAGUUUAGUCAAGAGGACCACGUGUCGUUCUUCAGCGAUCGCGUUAUUAUUGCUCGUAAUAAUUUCAUAGAGUACAAGGAAAACAAUCAGGACGAUAUGAUUUUGCUGCAGACAGCGGUGAUACCCUGCAUUCCAUUUAUUAAGCACACUAGCUGAACGAAAGAGCAGUCAGUAGGCAUCUUGUCGCCUUACUAUUGAAGUGCGCUAAAUUCCAUUUCUGAAAAUGUUUCGAUAUUUAUAUUUAUUAUAUUUGAUAUUCAUAUCGCUGCGUUUGUCUGAGACAGGGCUAUCUACUGGUAUCCUUGAAAUUAAGAUUGCAAACUCUGUUAAAGAAUUUGCGUGUUUUUUUUUCUAUACUUUACAGAAAUGAAAGUAAAUUAUACUGCGAUUGGUUAAUUAACAGCUUAUACGAAUUUAUUGAAACUGUUUUUUCCUCAUAUCUAUAGCUUAUCAUUUGUUUCAUCACUAAGUGCGUUUAAUCUGUUAUUAUAGUAGGCUUUGUUUAAACACACUAAACUAGUAAAAACUGAUAUUGUUUCCAUCUUUGAGCUUUCUAACCUUAAAGUAAGACAAAGCUAGACUAUUCAUCACUUGUCCAAUGUUUAAAAUAUAAAGAAAGAUUUGAGUACCUUCAACUAGUUUUAAUUAUUUAAAAGAAGACUAUGGCCCAAAUGAUAGAUACUGAAAUUUUAGUGUGUAUUUCUUGAAAUGGAAGAAUUGAAAUGAAUCACUUUAAUAUAAUAAGGUGAAUAUGUGUUUGAAUGAAACGCAAAGCUAGUAAAUACGCCAAUUAUGAUAUAUAUAUAUAUAUAUGCAAUGAUUUACCUCAACAUCGUAGUGUUUUUCAUUAAGUAUUUAAAACCUGUCUUUCUUUUUCAUUUUGUUUUGUUUUCUUUUUUCAAAAUAAAAAACAAAUCAAACAUGCAAAAUAUAAUAUUAAGUACUAAAUCCGAAAAUGCUUUGUACUCGUCUUGACUACAUAUCUGUACAUAUCUGUUUUUAUCGCUACCUUUGUUACGUUACGACGUUAUGUAUGACGUCGCUCGUGUCUGUCGUUGCGCAUCGAGGAUUCAAAACACUUAAUCAACGUUCCUUGUCAAUUGUUUAAGUAAUAUCAAAUUUUGCUUUAUUUUGGAAACUUCACCUGCGUACUAUAUUAUGCUGAAACAAACUAAAUACCUUUAAAUAAUGUCAUGGUAGAAGAAAAGACAAUUUAGCAGGGCUUGCUUCCACUGGAAUUUUAUUACCGUUUCAGCUGUGAAAGUCAUUUGAUUGGUCAUGAUCUAAGACCGUCAUGACAUUUUUCUUUUAAGACACAAUGAAAUGAAAUGUAAAUGAAAUGCAGUUUUUAGGCGGUUAAGGAUAAUUCAAUACAACGUUAGUCAUCUUUACUGAAAUCUGAGAGCCUGAAAUGUAUAAUAAGCAAAAUUAAAAGUUCAAGCACAAAAUCAUUCGGCAAAGGUGAUAGAGUGUCAAUAGAGAUAAAACGUCUUACGUUUUCUUUUUUUAACCUCGAAAUAUGUCAAAAUGCAGUAGUGUAGUGCAGAAAAAGUGCCCCAUUCGACAAAGGUGAUAGAGUGUCAAUAGAGAUAAAAGGUUUGUACGUUUUCUUUUUUUCACCUCGAAAUAUGUCAAAAUGCGGUAGUGUAGUGCAGCAAACAAGCCCCAUUCGGCAAAGGUGAUAGAGUGUCAAUAGAGAUAAAACGUUUUUACGUUUUCUCUUUUUUCACCUCGAAAUAUGUCAAAAUGCAGUAGUGUAUUGCAGAAAAAGUGCCCCAUUCGGCAAAGGUGAUAGAGUGUCAAUAGAGAUAAAACGUUUGUACGUUUUCUUUUUUUCACCUCGAAAUAUGUCAAAAUGCGGUAGUGUAGUGCAGAAAAAGUGCCCCAUUCGGCAAAGGUGAUAGAGUGGCAAUAGAGAUAAAACGUUUUUACGUUUUCUUUUUUUCACCUCGAAAUAUGUCAAAAUGCAGUAGUGUAGUGCAGAAAAAGUGCCCCAUUCGGCAAAGGUGAUAGAGUGGCAAUAGAGAUAAAACGUUUUUACGUUUUCUUUUUUUCACCUCGAAAUAUGUCAAAAUGCAGUAGUGUAGUGCAGAAAAAGUGCCCCAUUAAGAAUUUUCUAUUCUAUGCCAUAGAAGAUUAUGCUCAGUUUUACACAACUGUUUUAAUAACUAACCGCAACAAUACUUCAGACUGUUAGUGCAUUUCACAACAACUGUGAUAACUUUAUUCCGUUUUACUAUUUUCAUUAUCGUGACAAAUACUACAAAUCCCAUCAGAUAGCUGCAAUGGUCUUAAUUGUACACACUGAACUGAAAGCUGUUUCGGGUGCAUGUAUUCUGACAUUAUUCAAUGCUUACCUAGAAUAUAAAAGGUGCGUUUGACAUGGCUCAAAUUACAGCUUUUUAUGAUUUGUUAACAGAAAAAGGUUCGAAAGAUGUUUUCAGAAGAAUGCAAAUGUGUACUGGACAAACUGAAGAAAAAACACAUAAAAGACACAGAGACAUACAUUUCAAAAGGAUUAUCUACCUUUCAAAAAGAUCGUGACUCUAUGAAGAGUGAAUUCUUUCAAACACAAGGAAAUGUGCCACAGAUGGCUCAAGAAUACGAAAGUUAUUCUACUAUUUUUCGUCAACUUGAAUCUAAAAUUAUUGCAGAAGAACAGAAGCGUAAAGGUACUCAAGAUACUGGAGAACAAUCGUUUCAGAGAAAUAUUGUUGCGAAGAUUGUAUCAGGCGCAGUUACUAUACCAUUUUAUAUGUAUUAUGGUCGUAAUGGAGGAAACAUUUCAGCGUUUGCACAAAAGACUGCAGCAGGUCUGACGAAGAAUGCAAUCAUGCAUAUGGGUAAAGGGAAAACAUUGAAAGAGUACGCACACAAAACAGCACUGUCAACUGUGAGUGAUAUUGUAGAUAUCGGUGUAGAUAUCGGUGUCUCUUCAGGUGUAGAAUCGAUUAAAAACAAGUGGGAUCUCUAUAAAGCCCAGACUGCCCACUGCAGAAGAGAAGGAGACGGCUGCAAGGAUACUGAGACAGAGACGGAAAGAGGUGGAGCAGAAGAGGCUGGAAAUGGACAGACGAGAGAAGGAGGAACGGAAGAGGAGGGAUUCGGAGGAGAGAAGAAAUAGGACAAUGAAUGACAUUGUAGACUUGUAUUACGAUAGAUAGUUAAAUUUUGAUUGAAGUGAUUAAAUGAAAUUAUGUUGUUGUUUUGUGUGACAAAUAUUUUUUUCAGGUAUUUCCCAUUUGAAUUCUCAAAAAUCUUGUUAGGAUUUAUCAGUGUCAGAAUUUUUCAUUUUUUGUUCAUAUAAAUUUGAAAUUACACAUAUAUUUCAAUAGUAAAGUUUUAUUUACUAAACUUUAUAAAUUCAGUUAUUAUUCAUCUUUCAUUUAAGUUUUGGUUACCUUUACUUAAGUAUAGUUUGAAUUCCUUAAGCAUACAGCUCUAUUAAUAAUACUUGUUUUAAGUUUAGUCUUAAGUUAAUAAGUAAGUUUUGACUUUUGCCAGAGAGAAUGCUACAUUUUUCGCUUGCAAAUUUGAUAAAGCUUUUUUUUUACUAGCAAUAUUAUUGAAAAUUAUACAAUGUGGACCUGUGACGAAGUUUGUAAAGCCCUUUCCUUUUUAUUGAACAACAUUUACAUCGGGUUUGGGAAUGCAGUUUUAAGACAAGUUGGUGGUAUUCCCAUGGGAACAAAUUGUGCACCCCUUGUCGCAGAUUUGUUUUUAUAUUGUUAUGAAAGAGACUUUAUGUUGAACCUUUCUCCAGAUACGCAGGCAGAUAUUAUAACUGCAUUUAACAAUACAUCACGCUAUCUGGAUGAUAUUCUUAAUAUGGAUAAUCCGUUUUUUUGGUCAUUUGUUGGGUACUAUUUAUCCUAGGGAACUUCAGUUAAUUAAAACUUCGGAUACUGAUGCUUCACUUUAGAUUGACAUCUCUCUAUUUAUGACAAUAUUGUACAUACCAAACUUUAUGACAAGAGGGAUUAUUUUAAUUUUAGUAUUGUAAAGUUUCCCCAUUUGGAUGGGGGUGUACCUCAGGCUACAUCUGGUGGGAUAUAUAUUUCUCAGUUACUUCGGUUUGCCAGAGCGUGUAGUCAUGUCAAGCAUUUCAAUGAACGUAAUCAAUAUAUUACAAGUAAACUUCUUCUGUAAGGCUACCGUUAUUACAUACUGCGUAAAUAUUUUGCUAAAUUUUACUAUCGUAAUUCUGAUUUAGUUUUAAAAUUCAAUAGUAAUUUAAAGACACCUGCGAGAAGGUAUUUCUAAACCCGUUUUUUUAUGGGGAUGUGGUUUACAAACUUCGUAAGAUCUUUGGUCAUGGUAAUUUUCCAAAUGUAUUUGGAAAAAUUAUCAAACGUUUUAUUAAAAGAGGUUACGACACAACUGUUUUGAGACAUACCGCAUGUUUAGUGUUCAACCCGUUUACAGUUGUACACUACGCUUCUCCCUUUGAUUGCGUCUGACGGAAGAGGGGGGGGGGGGGGACUCUAUGAUAAGCAGUUUUAAAUCCUACCAGGACUAAACUGUUUUGAUAUUUGUCUUCUGGCCUGUUUCGUCGGGCCCUUAAGGGUGUUUCUCUUGUUGCUCUGUCUUCUGAAAAGGCAUUGAGUACAUACGUUUUUGGUUCUUAAGGUUUGCUUAUUAUAUAUUUAUACACGAACAUUUUUGUGUUCUACAUGCCAUGCCUUUUUGUUUCCAUUACAUGUGUAAGAGAUUCACCUGGAGGGGAUAACUUUUAUGUACACUGUCCCGUGUCUUUGGAACAUGAUGGGGGUAAGAGUGAGGUUGGGUGCGCACCAUAAACCGGUUUAAGCUCCCCAGUGGUGUUUUUGCCACUGACCGUUACAAGGCGGUGCCCCACUGUUUGUUCGUUUUGUCCUUGAGUGCUGGCUUUGUGUGUGUGUGUGUGUGUGUGGUGCACGCGUCCGCGUGCUGGGGGUUUCGUUUUGAGGAGGCUGCGUUUUUGGUACGUGGCAUUCCCUGUUUGAUAUUUGUCUUUGUUUGUUAAGUAUAACUUCAGACUAUUAGGCUAUAUUUCAGAAAUUCAUUUUACUUAAAUUUUCAAUUUUUCAGCUUAAUCUUAUUUUUCAUAGGAGAUAGGAAUGUAAUAGGACAGAAUUCUUACCACUUUUAUAUGUUAUUAAUUUUCUGUCAUUUUCAGUAUGGAAGUCGCCAUUUUGGAAACUCUAGCUAAUGUUAAGAUAAUACGCCUUUUGUCAUUGGUCAGAAUUUUACUAUAUUCUAUUUUCUUUGGUUAACAUAUUUGAUUGGUUUAAGAACUUGUUUAUUCCUUAGAUUAACCAAUCAAUUGUUUUUGUUCUACCACUGACCAUAUAUAUACCGAGACACAAUAGUGUAUCGCGAUCGGUCGGUUAGAUACUGCACCUCUAAGGUCAGUAUAACAGGGCUUAGCCUUGACACUAAAACUUGGACUUAGUCCACUGCUCAUAAACGAAUAUCGUUGACCAUUAAAUACGGCCAUAUCAUUAUAUUUUCAAUUAAAUCAAUAUAAAAUAUAAUUCUUUAAAUACAGUUAGGACUUACAAUAUAAUUAUCAUUCAUUUAAUAGCUAGCUUCUAUAUUAGUAUAAUUGAAUAUAUACUAAAUAAAAUAUAUUAGUCACUAUAUAUUUAGUUCGUCUUUAAUAACAGUGCCCAACAUCCAGUGUCCCACUGUCUACAAGUGUGUUCAUGAUUAUCCGUCCGUCUGUCC